CUAAAUAAUUUAUCGACAUCAUCGCACGCAACUCUUGAUCUUGCUUAGCCCUCACGGCCACCAAAACACCAGCCGAAGUCGCUCUCAGGCUCUCGUGUCCGACUUGAUCUCCCCUGUCCACCGUCUCUCUCGUGUCCUGCCCUUCGCUGGCCACGCGAGGAGACGCUCACGAGGCGCUACAGCCACACGCAAUGGCCGCACCGCCGCCUUCGGAGCCGCGACCGUCCUCGACGCCGAGCGUCAAGAUCCUCCCGCUCCGGCCUUUCCAGCCCGACCUCCACGAGCGCGCCUGGGCUUCGGUACCGCACCCGACGCUGCCGCUCCUAGCGACCGCACAUUCCAAGAGCGCCACCGUCUUCUCCCUCGCCACCCUCUCCUCCCACAGCUCCCUCACCGGCGGCCACACCCGGUCCGUCCGCUCCGUCGCCUGGAAGCCCGGCCUGCCGCCGCACAAGCUUUGCCUCGUCACGGGAAGCUUCGACUCCACCGCGGGACUAUGGCGCUGGGACGGCGAUACGGCGGGCGAGGCUGACGGCAGCGGCACAGCGCUCGAGACGGAGGUGACGGCCCGCGGCGCGGCCAGUGUUGCUGCUGCUGCUGCGUUGGCCGGCGAUGAGCCAGACCAUUAUGUCGGUGGCGGCGGCGAUGACGACGAUGAUAGCGACCGUGGCGCUGACGGAAAGGAUUGGGAGUUCACACUCGUCCUCGAGGGCCACGAUUCGGAGAUCAAGUCGUGCGCCUUCUCCCCCUCAGGCGCCUACCUGGCGACGUGCUCGCGCGACAAGUCGGUCUGGAUAUGGGAGGAUAUUGGCACGUCAGACGACGACGACGAGUGGGAGACGGUCGCGGUGCUCAACGAGCACGAGGGUGACGUCAAGGCCGUGGCGUGGUGCCCCGACGUGCCCGGGCGCAACGCGCGCCGCCGCUUCAGCCCGGACGUGCUCGCCAGCGCGAGCUACGACAACACGCUGCGCGUCUGGCGCGAGGACGGCGACGGCGAGUGGGUGUGCGUCGCGGUGCUCGAGGGCCACGACGGCACCGUCUGGGGCGUCCAGUGGGAGCCGCGGCCCAGCCACGACCGGUUCCCCCGCCUGCUGAGCCACUCGGCCGACGGCACGAUCCGCAUCUGGACGCUCAAGGACGACGAUGACGAGGAAGAGGAUGGUAAUGGUGGCGGCGGCGGCGGCCGGAACGCGCUCGGCGGCAUCCCCAACACGAUGAGGAGGUCGCUGCGCGAGGAAUGGACCUGCACGGCCGUCCUGCCCAAAGCCCACGGCAGGGAUAUUUACUCCGUGGCAUGGAGCGGCGAGUCCGGCCUCGUCGCCAGUACGGGCAGCGACGGCAUUGUCGCGCUGUACAAGGAGGUGGAGGAAGAAGGAUCGGCGGAAUCGAACCAGAACGACGGCCAGCUGCCGGUAGCCAACGGGCAGGAGGCGAGCGGCGGCCCUUCGACCACGUCCUGGGAGCUGCUGGCGACGCAGCCAGGCGCCCACGGUCCGUACGAGGUCAACCACGUCACUUGGUGCCGGCGGUACGAUGCGGGCUCCUCGCGAAGGGGCGAGGAGGAGAUGUUGGUGACGACGGGAGACGACGGCGUGGUGCGCCCUUGGGAAGUUAGGAUACAGACAGCUUGAGGGCGGCGAUUAGCACAUGGACAAAUCAAUGGGCACAAUCUUGUUCGGCACAUAGUCGGGCACAAUGAGAACAUGGAGCGCCUCGAUUUGGAGACGUUGCCUGCCACACGGCUGAAACAAUACUUCGCUGUUUCUAAAGCACAUUAUAAUCCCAGAUAUACCUUUUACCGUACCUAAACCUCGCUAUGGGGAACAAAGGGUACAGAUACUACGGAUUGCCCUCACGAGAGGUUAUGAUACACUUGUGCUACAAAAGAGCUUUCCACAAUCAGCCCAGAUCCGGCCGAGCCGCCCUCUAAUAGAAUUUGACUGUGGC